AUGGUGUCAGCAUGGUUCUACAACGCAGAAGACAAGUCAGACCCACGUGAGAAGCACCAGUACUCUCCAAACAGGCCUGUAUCUCUGGAGGAAUUGGCCCAGUUUGGUGUCUUGUACAAGUUUGUUGAUGCUUCAUCGCCAUAUGAUGACAAAAUCAAUGCCUUGUGCAAGGAACGAGACUACAAGAACCGCGACUAUGUAUGUAUCACUGUAUCAUCCAUGUGGCUUGAUAUUGCUGGGCAAGUGGUUGUGUUCAUGCUGCUGAUCAACGUAUCCCCCACCAAACUGCCUGAUUACGAAAACAAGAUCAAGACCUUCUUCGAAGAACACCUGCACGAAGACGAGGAAAUCCGAUACAUUGUCGAUGGCUCGGGCUUCUUUGACGUUCGUGACAAGAACGACAAGUGGAUUCGAAUCGCCGUCAACAAAUCAGACUUGAUCAUCCUCCCUGCUGGAAUAUACCAUCGAUUCAUUCUCGACACAAACAACUACCUUCAAGCUAUGCGCUUGUUCAAGGAGGACCCCAAGUGGACUCCCCUCAACAGGUCUGCUGAAAUUGAUCAAAACAAAUUCCGUAAGGAGUAUGUUCGAGAUUUCGUCGAAAAGGGAUCUGCUAGCUUGUAA